AUGGCCGCUCUCCGUGUCUCUUCUCAGCGCCUGGCUUCCGCCAUGGCCCGCCCUGCCAUGCGCUCCGUUGCCGCCAAGCGCGUUGCCAGCCCCAUCUCCCGCCAGGUUAUGCAGAAGCGUGCCUACUCCUCCGAGAUGGCCAACGCCCUUGUUGAGGUCUCCAAGAACUUGGGUAUGGGUUCCGCCGCCAUUGGUUUGACUGGUGCUGGUAUCGGUAUCGGUCUCGUCUUCUCUGCCCUCUUGACCUCGGUCGCCCGCAACCCUGCCCUCCGUGGACAGCUUUUCUCUUACGCCAUUCUGGGUUUCGCUUUCGUCGAGGCCAUCGGUCUCUUCGAUCUCAUGGUUGCCCUCAUGGCCAAGUUCACUUAA